AUGAAAAAUUUUGACAGUUUAGAAGUAGGCCUGAAUGAAUUUUACCCUACUCAGAAGAAACCAACCUUCAGGCGAAUAAAGCGAACUUUAAAGCUAGCUGGCAUGUUCUCUUACAGUAUCUUGGUUACUCAGAUUCAAGAGCUAAUUGUGAUGUGGUUCAUUGGAAAUUACUUAGGUCCAAAAGAAUUGGAAGCGUUUGGCAUAAGUUCGAUUUGGAUAGAACUGACAGCAACCGCAACUUUUAUAGGCAUUUCUGGAGCUAUUGACACUCUCUGCUCACAAGCUCAUGGAGUAGAAAAUAUCAAGCUCCAAACUCUUAUUUUACAUAAAUCGUUAUUUAUGGGAUUUAUGUGUUGUAUUCCUUCAGCCUUCUUAUGGUACUUUAGUACCGAUAUUUUCGCUUCACUUGGUUUGGAGUGUAGCGAAGAAGCUGGCGAAUUUUUACAGUACUUUAUUUACGCACUCCCAGCGAAAUGUAUAUAUGAAAUUGUCAGCCAUUUUAUGUUUACCCAAUAUGUCUUAAUUCCUGAAUUUAUAUGCAGCACGACCGAUGCUCCCCUACAAAUUUUCUUCAAUCUGAUUUUAGUUCCUGCACACGGUAUGAAAGGUGCAGCAAUUGCUGGAUCUAUUUGUGCAUGAAUUCGGCUUAUUAUAUUUUUUGGAUCGUUAGUUAUUAUGAAAUGCCAUACAAAAAAUUGGUCUGGAUUUGAUUUUACAAAUUUCUUUACAGGAUGGUCAGAAUUAAUGAAAUUGUCGUUCUCAUGCACAGCUCAUAUAUUUGUAGAAUGGGGAGCAUUCGAAGUGUCAGCUUUAUAUGCUGCAUGGUUUACUGAUGGAGGUGUUAGUUUAGCUGCAUGGGUUGUAUUAUUAAAAGUUCUAUUAAUAGAAGAAACUAUUUCAACAGGCUUCGGUGAAGCCGCCGCUACUUUAAUAGGAAAUAGUUUGUCAAAACUUAAAAUUGGCUUAGCGAAAGAGUAUAUGAAAAUAAAUAUAAUGCUUAGCGUUUUGAUAAAUGGUUUCACAUUAUCAAUUUUGCUUAUAAAUAGAUAUGAAUUCGGAGCAUUCUUUUUACAAAUCGAUGGGAAUAGCGCAAGUGCCGAAAUCGUACAAAAGAUCGGGGACACUUUUGCGUUAUAUGCGAUUAUAUAUGCUUCUGAUAGCUGUUAUUUAGUAAUUUGUGGAGCAAUGCGAGCUCUAGGCAAGCAACCGUUGAAUUUAGUCUUGGCAAUAUGUGCUGAUUUAUUAGUUGGCGUCCCAUUGCAAUAUGUUUUUGGAAUUUAUCUAGAUUUGCAAUUAAAUGGAAUUAUUUAUGGGAUUUGUGCUUGCUACAUUAUAGAAAUUGCACCGUUAUUUUAUACUGCUUUAUUAUAUAAUUUACCUUAUGGCUAUUAUUUAUUUAUAGUGAGAAAUUAAUUAUAAAAAGAAUAUCUUUUUUCUAAAUUAGACUGGCAUUACGAGGCUAAUGAAGCACGAAACAGGUCACUUGAAGGAAAAGAAUAA